UUUCCAUCCAAUAUAAAAUGGUUAUUGAUAGGUACUGACAAUCUUCAGCACCUUCUUUACACUACACGCUGACAGCUCAAAAGUCUCACUAUCGAAUUCGAUGCCUCUCCUCCCCCUUUAAGCAAAGCUCUCCAUAGAACAAAGCAACAGAAGGAAUCUAAUCCGUCUUGUUUUCUUUUUAUAUUUUAUUUUUUAACACAGGUUUUACUGAAAGAAGAUGAGAAAUGGGUGGCAGAUUUUCAAAACGUAAUAGGAGUUUAAGUAGGCGGAGAAGUGUUGCAAGUUCAGGGGAAGGAAGAACGGGGUCAUCUCAUCAUCAUCAUAAUCCUGUUACAGCUGCUAUAUCCAGACUACCAUCAAUGACUAGUACCAGUAAUGGACCAAAUAUAGGAGCAGGAGGAAAGUCUUCAGCCAAGAAGAAAUAUGCUUUCAUCCCUGAUAAUUACCAUACCCUUGAAGAGGUUACUGCAGCAUUGAGAACGGCAGGUCUAGAAUCAUCAAAUCUUAUCGUUGGAAUUGAUUUCACUAAAAGCAAUGAAUGGACAGGCAAAACCUCAUUCAACAACCGAAGCCUGCAUGCCAUUGGAGAUACACCUAAUCCAUAUGAGAAGGCAAUCUCUAUCAUUGGGAAGACUUUAUCCCCUUUCGAUGAAGACAACUUAAUUCCUUGUUUUGGUUUUGGUGACGCGACAACUCAUGAUCAGGAAGUGUUUAGUUUUCACAAUGAUCAUACACCUUGCCAUGGUUUUGAAGAAGUUUUGUCCUGCUACAAAAAAAUAGUUCCUAACUUGCGACUUGCAGGGCCAACUUCUUAUGCUCCGGUAGUUGAGGCUGCAAUUGACAUUGUAGAGAAAAGUGGUGGACAGUACCAUGUACUGGUUCUCAUUGCUGAUGGCCAGGUUACAAGAAGCGUCAAUACAAGUGAGAAAGAACUAAGUCCACAAGAAGAGCAAACAAUCAAAUCAAUUGUCAAUGCGAGUUCAUAUCCACUCUCAAUUGUUCUUGUCGGAGUUGGUGAUGGACCCUGGGAAGACAUGAAGAACUUUGAUGACAAGAUCCCUGCACGUGAAUUUGAUAAUUUUCAGUUUGUUAACUUCACUGCAAUUAUGUCUAAAAAUGUAUCGCCCUCAGAGAAAGAAACAGCUUUUGCUCUAGCUGCCCUAAUGGAGAUCCCCAUCCAGUACCAAGCAGCAAGGGAACUUGGCAUACUUGGACGUGCGACAGGAAGAGCAAAGAAAAUUGUUCCACGCCCUCCUCCAGUUCCGUACAGUCGUCCUCAAAUGCCAACUCCUCAGCCAAGCAGCCUUCCAUCAACGGAGGCAGAUGAACGAAACCAGGCGGUUUGCCCUAUUUGUUUAACGAAUGCAAAGGACUUGGCCUUUGGCUGUGGGCACCUGACUUGUCAGGACUGUGGAGCUAGAUUGAGUAACUGUCCAAUAUGUCGUCAACCGAUCAGAAACCGUCUCAGGGUGUUCACGGGGUGAUGGAGAAGAAAGAUUGUCUAACUGUCUGAUAUGCCGUCAACCGAUAAAAAAUCAUCUCCCCCAUCCAAACAAAAAUCAAGUGUACAUUAGACUGCACAUAUCUAGGCGUUCUAUCAAGAAAAACUAUUCAAUAUUUUGGAAGUAGUGUUUCUGUCUUCUGACAUAAUUUCAUUAUAUGUUAAUUAGUAAAAUCCACUAUUAUGUGAGAGGAGAGAGCAUUAUUUCAUGAGUAUUGAAUAAUUUCCCAUGUCAGAGCUUGUUUGGAUUUGGAUUUGGAUUUGGGACCCUAGAUCCUAUCUGUAAAGUUUCUGUUUCAUACCUUGAUGUGUGGCAGUAUCCAUUUGUAAUGUUAAGUUGUUAACUAUGAUAUUUCAUGUUCCUCUUUAUCGUUUCCAA